AAAACUGUCGAAAUGAUAAUGGUUUUAAAAUUUUGUUUACACAGUAUAAUUUAUGUCGAUGUUAAUGUGAUCAUUUCAGCAAGAGGAGCGCAGCAAGAAUCGAGAAAAGCAGAAAAAUUUGCAAAAAUUUAUUACGAAAACACAAUCGAAUUGAACUGAAAGACAUUUAUUGAAUUUGCUGUUUUCGAAAAUGCCGCUGACAUUUGCGCGGUGACAGUUCGAUAGCAUAUGUAAAAACAUACAUGCAUAAGUGUUAAAAAUUAUGUACGUACAUAUGUUUUCGACACACAUCUAUCAACAAGUAUUGAAUCAAACAAUAAUACAAAAAUUAAUAAAGACAAAAAUAAUAAAAUCUUCAAACAAUGGUGAAAAUGCUUGACUUGGAUCGGCACGCUAACUGUCCCUUGUGGGAGGCAUUAGCGUCAGAGUCUAUACCAUGGACGGGUAUGCGUUACGCUUGUCUAAAUGUCCUGCAUGCAUAUUGUAAAGUAUUCGAUAAGAAGGAAAUCUAUGAUCUCAUUGUAAGAAAAACUUGCCAAUCCUGCAAAUGCCCCCGUGAAGCGCACGCAAUUUACCAACAGCAAACCACAACGGUGCAUGAGCGAUUGGGCUUCAAGGUCGUCUCACCAGCGGAAUCGGGUGUCGAACCGCGCGAUCUCGGCUACACUUGGGUGCCGCCUGGCAUACGUGCCUCAUCGCGCAUCAAUCGCUACUUCGAACAGUUGCCAGUGGACAAAGUGCCGAAAAUUGGUACGGAGGGGGCGCGCUAUCGCGAACAACAAAUCGCCUAUCAGCUGCCUAAGCAGGAUUUGUCGCUGCAACACUGCAAGCACUUGGAAGAGCAACAUGAAGCGUCAUUCGAGGAUUUCGUGACGGCGCGUAAUGAAAUUGCAUUGGAUAUAGGUUACAUUAAGGAUGCGCCCUACGAUGAGCAUUGCGCGCACUGUGAGGGUGAGAUCAAUACCGGUGAAAUGGUGGUGGCCGCGCCAAAGUUUAUCGAGAGCGUUAUGUGNUCACUACUUAGUAUCCUUUUUAAUCAUCCUUUGACUACACAGGCCGCCGCAGGUAAUUCAAUAUUUGGUCGUUUAUGCCAACCAACUGUCAACUCAUUAUUAUCAAAACUUAAAGUCACCUUUGACCGGUCGGUUAGCGCCUACAACAACAUUGCUGAAGUUGGCACUCUUGUUGUUGCAGCAAAGGCG